UUGGAGAUGAGUAGCAGGUUACGAGAGUACCAAGGAGAAGCUGUUAAUAUCGUCUUUCGGCCCCUCCCUGUCUCCGUACUCACUCCAUGCGGGGAGGGGGGGGACAAAUUAGACCCUACCGGUGCAGGAACAUCAGAGGUGGGCAUGACGAGUAGGUGGGGUCGCUGCUGUCCUGUCCGGAGCAGAAAGCCAGUAGAUCAGACAGGCGCGGAAAUAAAGCGGCGUGUGGAGCUGGGGAGGACUGCUCACUGACAGACGCACCUUAAAACCCAAGGAUGUUAAACAGCGCAUGGUGUCCCAACAUGCACCCUGAUAUCCAUCUCUCCCUCCUCUUAACACUGCUGCUUCUUCAAGUCCAGCAGGGCUGCACAGUGCAGGAGAUCCAAACCAGCCAUGAAAACAUAGUAAAAAUCAACUCAGCAGGAGAAAUGAUGCAGUGCUCAUCAGCUAUGGACAUCCUCUUCCUCAUGGAUGGUUCCUACAGUGUGGGGAAGGGCAGUUUCGAGAGGUCCAAACACUACGCCAUCAAGCUCUGUCAAGCUCUAGACAUUGGGCCAGACAAGGUACGAGUUGGCUUGAUUCAGUUUGGCUCCACUCCUCAGCUGGAGUUUUCUCUGGACUCGUACACCACCAAACAAGAGCUGAAGAAACACAUGAAGAAGAUUUCUUACAGGGGAGGCAGCACCCAGACAGGCCUGGCUCUCAAGUACAUCCUGAGGAAGGGCUUCCCAGGCGGUCGUAACUCCUCCACUGCAGCCCGGAUUGCCAUCCUCUUAUCAGAUGGGAGGUCUCAGGGCAACGUGGUGCAGGCGGCUGCACAGCUCAGAGAGGCAGGUGUGGUCUUGUUUGCCAUCGGCCUGCGCUAUCCCAGGUGGGAGGAGCUACACGCUCUGGCCAGUGAGCCAAUGGAGAGCCAUGUCUUCUUCGCCGAGCAUUUCUACGAUGCUGUCAAUGGCCUGUACACCACGCUGGCCACCUUCUCUGUCUGCAACGCCACACCAGCAGGCUGUCAGAUGGAGUCGUUCCCCUGUGAGAGGAAGACACUGGAGACGGUGAAAGAGCUGCAGGGGAAUUUCAUGUGUUGGAAAGGCUCCAAAGGGUAUUCCCCAUACACGUCUCUCUGUCCCUACUACAGGUACAGCAAGGCUUACAAGAGACACCAGACAGUCUGCCAUCGGACUAUCUGUCCAGAUCCCUGUGACUCUCAGCCCUGUCUGAACGGUGGAACAUGUGUAUCAGAAGGUCCAGAGGGCUACCACUGUGUGUGUCCGCCUGGCUACGGAGGAGACCCUCACUGCGCUCCUGCAUUAUCACUGGACUGCUCUGUGGACCUGCUCUUCCUGCUGGAGGGCUCUGCCACCCUCACCUUGGAGGGCUUCCUCCGCCUCAAGUCCUUCUUAAAGCGCUUCCUGCAGACAGUGAUCGGGUCCGACAGCCCCAGCAAAGUGGGCCUGGCGGUGUUCGGUGGAGAGGCCCGGGUGGAAGCCCAGGUGGGCAAGUUCAAAGGGGACUUGAGGGGUCUGCUCAAGGCGGUGGAUGCCCUCCAACCGGUCGGCGGUGAGACCAAGACGGGCCAGGCGCUUCGUUACGUCACGCGCCACGGCUUCAUGAGCACGCCAGUGUUUGCAGAUGUCUCGGAUGACCUCCCCCGUGUGGUGGUGCUGAUCACCGCCACUCCCUCCUUUGACGAGGUGGUUGAGCCUUCAAAAUAUGCAAGGGACAGGGAGAUCUUCCUCAUAGGGGUGGGACCAGACUACUUAAAGGGACAGCUGAAUAACAUCACAGGAAAUCCUCAGAGGACUCUCACCUAUACAUCACCUGACAGGUUCACUGCUAAGAUCCCAGAGCUCAAGGCCAAGAUCUGCAGCGUGGACACACAAGGUUGUCUGGGCCAAGCAGUAGACCUGGUGUUUGCCCUGGAUGCCUCAGGCGGUGUCGGCAGCGACAACUUUGCCACCCUGCGCGACUUUGUGCGCAGCCUCACCGUCCAGUUCGACAUCAACCGUGACGUGGCCCAGGUUGCGCUUGUGGCUUACGGACGCAGGGCCACCACCGUCUUCAACCUGGACACCCAUGAGACGGGUUCUGCCAUCCUCAAGGCAGUAGGUGACGCCAACUACAUGGGCGGAGUGGCCUCAACCGGCGCAGCUCUACUCCACGUCCACUCCAACGUCCUGACCGUCGCCAAAGGUGCACGGCCCGGAGUCAACAAGGCCGUGGUGGUGGUGACCGACGGUUCAGGCGGGGACGAUGCCGCCGUGCCAGCGCAGAAGAUAAGAGACAACGGAGUUUCGCUGUUUGUGAUUGGUAUUGGAGACGUGCAGAGAGAGAGGCUGCUGCAGAUUGCUGGAUCAGAGGAGCGCAUGAUCUCUGUGCCUUCUUAUGAGGAUCUCAAGUACUUUGAGGACGUUCUAGUGCAGAUGCUGUGUUCAGAGGUAAAGAAGCCAGUAAACCUGUGCAGCCCGAACCCAUGUAUGAAUGAUGGGACCUGCAUCCUGUCAGGAGGGAGCUUCCGUUGUGAGUGCAGAGGCUAUGAGGGACCACACUGUGAAACAAGAAGCAGCAGGUCUUCAUCUAGAGGAGAUCUUCCGAGGCCCGCUGGUCUCAAGAGGAGGAGCAGGCAGAAGAAGAGCCACCAGGAGCUCCUGCAUCACUACAAACUACACCGCCGGAGACAUGCAGCCUGAGAAACCACACACACAUGAACACAUGUACUACACACAGAAAUACUUUAAAUCUACGGACUCUUAAAAACCAAGGAUGUUUAUGGGUAAACACUGGAGUAAAGGGAAAAUAUAUAUUGCUGUCACUUUGUUUGAAUAUUUAAACUUGCACUCAAACUUCAACAAGUGCCUUCAAACUGUAUGUAUUUCUACUGUGGUGUCCAGUUUGUUUUUGUUCAGUUUGUCAGCGCUCACUGUUGUGCUACUGUCUCAGCAUGAUUCUCUUGCCUAUUCAAAGAUGUAAACUUUUAUAUUAUAUUAUGGUGUAUACCUGUGUCUUGAUUUUAUAUAUUAUUCUUUUUUUUCAGUGUUUAUUAUCACAACCUACUUUCCCUUCUCUGACAGAGACAAAUUUGUGCCAAACAUGGUUUAUACUCAGUUUUAUAUUUUCAUGUUUCAGUGUAUUUUUAACAUUAGGCCCUUAAAUUCAUUUGACUUCUAGAUGUUUGCUAGUUCUCAGCAAACAACAAAAUAAUUUUAUAAGUAUACUGUAAAUAUAUAUGUGUGUGUGUGUGUGUGUGUGUAGCUAUAUAAAUGAUAAAUAAUGAUUAGAAAAUAAGGCUAGUUUUGUACUUUAAUAUUUGACUUAUAUCACUGUUGGUGGAAAAUUGAAAACAUUUAUAAUGGGACAAAUUCCCUAAUACAUUAUCUGUCAGUCCAGCUUUAGUAAAAACAGCUAACAAGCUCUAAAAUGUUAUUUAAAUCAAUAACCAAAAGAAGAUUUAAACUCUUUGCACCUUCCAAAAAAUUUGCCAGACAAACAUCUUCUUGCAAAAUGAGUCCCAUUCAUGAAUGUUUUAUUUUCAUUAGUGAGGAGUCGAUGUGUUUACUCUAAUUACCCCUUAAAUGUUUAAUGCUGCAGGUUUCCUGUGUCCUCUGCAAAUUUAAUCAUCAGUUUUGUUUUCAGCAGUUAAGUUGUGAAGAUCGAAGGCAAGAGGAGACAUUUUCAUAAGCAAUUUUCAAGCCAGUAUUGUUGUCAGUACAUUUUUUAUUUGAAUAAAAAGUGCAUUUCUAGCUAGCAAUACAAGCCAACAGGCUGGAUAAUGGUGUAAAUAUAUUUACAUCUUGGCUACCAGCAUAUAUGAACCAAGCUACAAUCUAUAGAGUGUACAAAAUGGCCAAUUUAGUAGAGGGGCGUCUUUCUGUCUCAGACUUCAGUGGUUUUCAAAUGUUUGGCUGUUUAUCAAGAGCAACUGUUAGACUGGCCAAAAUG